GUCAGCGUCCCCUUGAACCCAAACACUAGGUAAAACCCUUAAACCCUGUGCCUCCCUCCCAACGUUGAGAACCAGAGAAACCCAACUUCUUUCCUGUUUGGCAGCUGAGAAAGAGAGAGAAAAGUUAAGAUUCAUGACAGAAAAUCCCAAGCACUUGCUAGACAGUGCUUCCGAGUCUUCCCAAAGGCCUUCCAAAAUCGCAAAAACCGCCGUCGAAGAGUUAAGCGACGACGAAGAGGAACAACAGCAACUACAGCAACCACCAGCGAAAGAGCCCAUGAGCCCAAACUCUAGAAUCCAACGUUACCUGGUGGCGGUCGAGUACAUUGGUACUCGCUUCUCUGGGUCCCAGAAGCAGCCUAAUAUUCGUACUGUCGUUGGCGUUCUUGAGGAAGCUUUUCAUAAAUUUAUUGGCCAGCCAGUUCCCAUUUUUUGUUCAAGUCGAACUGAUGCAGGGGUGCAUGCCUUAUCAAAUGUUUGUCAUGUAGAUGUUGAACGUAUAAGCAAAAGGAAGCCUGGUGAAGUGUUACCACCUCAUGAACCUGUGGUGGUCAGAAGAGCUGUGAACCAUUUCUUACAGAAGAAUGAAGGUGAUAUAAUGGUGAUUGAUGUUCAAUGUGUUCCAGCUGAUUUUCACGCUAGAUACAAAGCUCUUGAGCGCACGUACUUCUACCGCUUGCUCUCUGGGCCAGAGCCUUUGUCAACUUUUGAGAGGGACCGGGCAUGGCAUGUUCCUGAGGAGAUGGAUAUUCUUGCUAUGCAGGAAGCAAGCAAAGUUCUUGUUGGACAUCAUGAUUUUAGUUCCUUUAGAGCAGCUGGCUGUCAGGCAAAAUCACCAAUGAGAACUUUAGAUGAACUCAAUAUUUCUGAGGUAGUUUCAAAUCCAUAUUUUCCGACAAUUACCGAAAGGAGACAAAACAAUUUGGCAUUGGGAGAUCUUCAUGCAAGCUCCAACAAGUCUGAGACUGACCUGUCUCCUAGUUCUAUUUCCAUUGAUGAUAGGGCAAGAGGGUUAAAUGGUGGAACUGAUUUUGGGUUUGGCAUAAGAAGAAGGCAUCGUUGCUUUGUGGUAACAGCACGUGCACGCUCUUUUCUUUACCACCAGGUUAGACUGCUUGUCGGUGUUCUAAAAGCUGUUGGAACUGGAGAUUUAACAGUUUCAGAUGUUGAACGAAUCCUAAAUGCAAAGAAUGUGACUGCUGCAAGUCCCAUGGCCCCUUCAUGUGGUCUCUACCUUGGGCAUGUGAAAUAUGAUCUGCCAUGAGAGUACAAAGGAAUGUGGUUUCAAUCUAGACAUGUCAUGGACUUUCUGUGCAAAUCUUAUGAAGAUCUGUCACCAGAAUGCUGUACUGCAAAUUUGCCCAUCUGCAAUGGUACCAUUGUCCAUGUGAUACUUGACCCAAGAAAGCUUACAGAUUUCUAUUGACCCAGUUGCACCGAGCCUUUGACAGCUUGAUGAUCACUAAGGCAUGGGAAGCAAGUGGAAUUUAUAUACUGCAAUCUAAUUGUCUGGAAUUUUGUGAUGGAAAUGCGCCAUUUUUUAUUUAUGAGAAGCUUGGAUCUCUAAAACUGAUGACAUUGGCCUAAUUGAGUGCUCAUCUUCUUUACUCUUCA